AUGGAGGAUGUGGGCUCGGGCGUGAACGCGGACGCGGAGGUGCGGAAGCUGCAGGAGCUGGUGAAGAAGCUAGAGAAGCAGAAUGAACAGCUUCGCAGCCGCCACGGCGCCCUGCCCGCCGCCCCCGCCAGCCCCAAGCGCCUGCCGAGCGCCGGGCCCUCCUCGCCGCCCCCCGCCGUCUCCGCGUCGCCCGACGGCCGCUGUCUCAGCACCAGGGCCACCGCCCGACACUCGCUCCUCGAGGAGCCCGGCGGUGGCGAUGGGGAUAACGGCGGCAAUGGCCUCCUGGACGACGCGGCGGUGCUCAGGCCGGAGGAGCUGGAGCGGCUGGCCGGCUGCGAUGAGGACGAGACCGGGUGGUUAUAUACAUCUCCAAAGAAGAAAAAAAAUCCACUGCAAAAAAGUGUCAGUCCAUUAGUUUGGUGCAGACAGGUACUGGAUUACCCAAGUCCUGAUGUUGAAUGUGCUAAGAAGUCACUGAUCCACAAGCUGGAGCAAACAAUGUCAGCUCUCAAGAGACAGAGUUUGUACAGCAGCCCUUUCAGUGCGGUCAGUUACGCGAGCUCCUACAGUCCAAAUACCGGCAGCCCCUACAGCAGUGGCUUCAACUCUCCCUCCUCAACACCAGUGAAAUCUGCUUUAGUGAAACAGCUCAUACCUCCUGGUACCUCAGGUCAUCUUAAAAUUUCAGGAGAUAGAAAUCCUCCACUAAGUCCACAGUCUUCUCUGGACAGUGAAUUAAGUGCGUCGGAGAUGGAUGAAGACUCUAUUGGGUCUAAUUACAAGUUAAAUGAUGUUACAGAUGUGCAAAUUUUAGCACGAAUGCAGGAAGAAAGCCUGCGGCAAGAGUACGCAGCCACAGCGUCUCGGCGUAGUUCUGGCUCCUCCUGCAAUUCCACGCGGCGAGGCACGUUCAGCGACCAGGAGCUUGAUGCACAGAGCUUAGAAGAUGAGGAGGAUGGCACACAUCACACAGUGCACCCUGCUGUUAGCAGGUUCUCACCAUCACCUCGCAGUUCUCCCUGGCCUUCACCAAAACAAUCCCCAAGAAACUCGCCUCGCUCCCGAUCACCUGCUCGAAGCAUAGAGUACAGCAGAGUGUCACCGCAGCCCAUGAUCAGCCGCUUGCAGCAGCCUCGUCUUUCCCUUCAAGGCCAUCCUACAGACUUGCAAACUAGUAAUGUCAAAAGUGAAGAAAAGCUAAGGCGCAGUCUUCCAAACUUGUCCAGGACAUCCAACAUCCAAGCAGAGUCUGUGAAAAACAGCAGAAGUGACUCAAACUUCCAAGUGCCAAAUGGAGGAAUACCUCGCAUUCAACCUCAAGCCUCAGCCAAUGUUUGUCAGAGUCUUGCUAUUGACAAUCGUAAAACGGUUUGUGUGUGAAGUCGAUGAGUAAGUAUCUUUGCUUAGUCCGGAUUAAAAACUUUUCUGCAAAACUGUACAUUGUAUCAAGAUUUCCAGAAUUGUGUCCUUUUUAUUGUAUACUUUUUGUUUUAUUGGUUUUAUAUUUUGUCACUUUGCACAAAGCACUGUUAAAUUGCAGCAAAUUUUUGUUUUCCCGUGGCAAUGAUUUCUGGGUCUUGGGAUUUGAAGCUUCCUCAUACAGCUGCUAGUUUUGCAUGAGCUUACCUUUGCAAGGACGCUGGCUUGCCACCCAAGGUCACUACUCUGCUCCUUGUCAAAGAUUUGCGGUUCAUAAUUUACUUGCACAUUUGCUGUGGCUGCAAUACUGAACUUGCUAUGGUUGCUGGCAUUCAAAAAAUGAGUUAGGAAUCCAGUAAGUUUCUGAAAUGACAAUUCCUCUUACAGUUUUAUAGCCAAAUUGUAUUUGCUUGCUUACAGAAGAGAGGGAAGACACAUGUGAUGUGUUUAGAGGUACAACUGUAAACAUGAAAACAUAGGCCUUUUAACUUUUAGCUGCAGUGUCAUGAACAAUCCAAAUUGGUUUUGAAGAGAGACUGAAUUAAGUAGCAAUUUUAACAAUUUGAUUCUUCAUUUACAUCUGAGUCUCCGUGCCAUUCUGCAGAAAGUACUUUUUUUUAAAUAUAAAAGCUAGUAAAUAGUUCACCUUAAAACACUAGAAGAUAUGGUAAUAUGUGUGUUCCCCAAGGAAUAGGUAUUGUCUAAAGUGUUAGUGAUGGGAAAUCUCUGUGUUUGGGUCCUAUACCACAUAGAUUGUACAAAGCUCUAGAAAUGGUAGGGUGACUUCCACGUAGGAGCUACCUGCCUUUGAAUUCUGUGUGAUGCUUUUGUAUUUAGUGGCACUAUGAGCACAGAGAUGCUUUUAAGAAGAGCUAAAUACAAAACUUUCUCGAGCUGUAGAUUCAAACUAUCAGUAAAGUGACUGGUCUGCUUGCCAAGAUCCAACUGCUUGGCAUGUUCAGAGUAAAAGGAGGAAGAGUAAGUUUUGAAGAGACCAAGUAGUCCGGUUAGUUGAUCAGAGGUAAAUGUAACUACAUGAGUUCUGCACGCAGCAGCUGUGACAGGGAAUGUCACAGCACACAGAGCACUUCAAGAGCAGCAAGUGGUGUGGAUAAACAUGCACUGGGCACUUAUCUCAAACUGCAUGUUUGCUCAGCAUUGCUCAGAUUGUACUGCCUAAGCUCUGUUCAGUGUUUCAGUGCACAGAAAUGUUUUGCUAUUGAGUGUCUAUUUCCUAGAGUCUCCAUUGAGAAGGAAGGAAUUUGAUAUAUGCAUAUUUAAAAUCCUUUCCAUAUCAUCCCAUCUCUCUGACUUGCAAGAAGUGUGAAUAAUGAUGGGGGAAGAAAGUGCCAUGUGCAGUAGUAUAUUGAAAUCUGAGUGGAUUAGGACAAAACAAAUUCAAAAUACGAAGAAAGAAGCUUUUCUUCAUUUUGUGUGGUAUAACAAAAACAGUGAUUCUGUGGAAAAUAAUAAAGUGGAAUACUUGAGGACUGAAGCAGUCUGCCUAGUGGUCUGCCUCAGUAAAUUUCUAGGAAUUGUGCUCAUAUUUAGAGACCAUACUGUACUUAAUUGGCUAUUCACAUGUAUGCUUUAAAAAAGGUUUCUAGGAAGACCAUGUGCCAGUUGAGUAAGAAUUACAUAUUGCCAAGGCUAUUUAGAUUCUAGUUGGUAGAAGGAAUAAUGUUUAUUAGUAGUAGGCACAGGCAGAAUUUUACUGUUUAUGAACAAUCUAAUUCCUUUUUGCUGUUUGUUGAAGGCGACAGUUUUAGUUAGUUCUUAGGACUAAAUUGAAUAGCCCACCUAGUCAUAAUUUCAGCGUGAUGUUAAUAAAACAUAUGAUGAAUUUUUUAUAGUUCAUAAAAUACUGUGUAUUUUGCACUGACUGAAGCAUAGGAAAGGUGAUAGUAAUCAUUAUAUGCUAUCAAGCAAAAGGAUUAACUAACAUUAGGAUUCAAAUUAUUCCCCCCCACCUUCUUUAUAGCAAUAUUCAGUAAUUGGUGAUGGGAUUAUUCCUCACUCAGGGUCAGGAUCUUUUUGCACAGAUGUUCCCCCAUCUUUCUUCCUUCUCACUAUGGAAAUAAGCCUUGCUAGUGCAAUCAGUUUUAUGCUGCUAUAAAACUUCAUACACUGAGAUAAGCAGAGAUGUUUAUUCAUACAUUAUCAUUUUAUGAAGUCUCUGUGUAGUCAAAGCUUUAUUUCAUUGACUACUUUCCUCCUUCUCCCCCUUAAAUGUGCUGCGAUGGAAAUAGGCUGAGUCAGUGCAUUCCUUCUGGCAAUAAGUAAUUCUCUCCAUGCCAAGAUUCUGCAGCUCUCGGAACAUUGGCUUCUCUCUUGGUAACUGGUAGGUAGUGAGGUCAUUUCAAGGCAGCACCAGCCCUGAGUGUUACUAGGCAAAAGGUAGGAUGAGGGAGAAAAGGAGCAAUAAAAACCAAUUUCCAUCAUGCUGGGUACAUGCUGGCAGUUGAUAAAUCUUAGUGUUAAGUCUUCAUUUUAAGCUUAAGUCCUCUUGCAUAACUUUUGAAGAGGAGAGAAAAAAGACAUCUCUCACGAAGGCUUAAGUCUCCAUAACUGAAGAAUACAAUUUGUUUAUAUGAUGAUCAUAUUAGACAAAGAUUUAUGCUUUUGUAUAGUAUUAGAAUAUUUUUUUGAAAACACUUCUAAAAUUAAAAAUUUAGUCUUGCCUAGGUCAAAUACAACAGUUUAAUUUUCAUCUGUAUCUAAUCUUGCUCUCAUAUUGCUGUAGCAUGUUUGCUAGGUGGCUUGUUCUCCCUUUGGUGUUUUAAUUUUUGUUUUGCAUUUCUGGGCUUUUUGCCCUGCAAGAAGCUUUACUCUUACCAAAUCUGCGCAUUUUGCACUGCAAAAUUUCUGACACACUCCUCUGCAACUCUUUGCCAUUAAGAGCAAGCACCAUUCACAAAACUCCAUCACUUCCAGAGUCAUAACAGCUUUUAGAGUGUUUUACUUACACUGUUUCUUGAUGCUUCACAAGCGGAUACAAUUCUGAAAUUCCCAGUAAAUUUAGUUUUCUUCUCUUCUUAGACAAAUAUAACACUUCUUGUCUUU